UUUAAUACCUUUUACACCUCACUCUCAUCAUGUCUUCUUCUUCAUCUUCUUCUUCUUCCUCUUCUUCUCCAUUAUCAUCACUUCAACAACCAUCUUCAUCAAUAACUCCUUCAAAUGUUGUUGAUAUUCCUGGCCCUAGUAACACUAACAAUGAUGAUGAAUUUGAAGCCCCUUCUUCUUCAAGACAACGUGCUAUGAAUGAAGUUUGGCUUGAACCUGUUGUUGAAGCAUUGGCUACUCAAGUUGCCAUUGAUGCUUCUCAUUAUCAUGGUCGUCUUUCUGCUGCUUCAGCUCUUGCUAUUAUUUUUCAGGUUUGUUCUACAUGGAGAGAAGUGUCACGCUCGGAUCUACUGUGGCAGAGACUCACAAGACGCAUCUGGCGCAGAACAUAUAGAUUGAGGGACACGUGGCAACUUGAGUACAUCUACUGGCAUCGAACGGCCAGGAACUUCACAACAGGUAGACACGCUUUAGUGGUCCCACAAUAUGAUCCAGGAGACCACCACCAAGCUCUCAUUUGCCGCUGCCUCACUCUCUCCGACACCCACCUUGCCUGUGGCUUCGUCGACGGUACUGUUCGACUCUUCAAUCUCAACACCGGUGCACACAUCACUACUUUUUGGUCCAAUCACGGUCACUUAUUCGGCCCAUUUUCACAAUCUAUUUCCGGAAUUGUAAUUACAAACUCUAGUCUCGUUUUUGCAAGACUAGAUGGUGAUAUUUACAUGUCAUUGAUCAAUGGGCCCAGACCUAUACCCGGGCCCAUUCCAGCACGAAGAGCAAUUAUUGGUGAUGUAGUUAAUAACGGAGUAUUAGUAGAAUUUGCGGGAUGUAACCGAUUUUGGAUUGGUUUAUUCGCGGGCCAUGCAGGCGGAGCAUUUCAAAUAUGGGACGCCCAAACGGAACAACGUAUAUUCGUUGGUGGUUCAUUAACCGACCCGGAAUCAGUUCAAGGAUGGCAUAUGUUAACAGAAUUAGUUGAACCAGUCGGUCGAGUCAGAGUAACAGAAAGAGAAUUUGUAGUAGCAUGUACAACAUCAAGAUUGGUUUGUUUCAACUUAAGAAAUCCAGAGAUUCUAUUACGUGACAUGGGAUCCACAACAGGUUUCAUGGUAAGUUCAUUAGACAUUAGCCAUGAAGUUUUUGUUGUGGUUGAAAGAAAUGGUGUUGGAACGGUUAGGCGCGUGGGAAAUUUUGAGCGCGUGAGUAGGUUUCGGUUAAGAGGUUCAUGGUUAAGGGGUUUAUUAGUGUGCAUGAAUUUAGGGUAUGUUAUAACAUAUUCAAGUGGGUCUGGUUUGUUGAGAGUAUGGGACAUACAUGAACCUACGGCAAGGUUGUGUAUUACAAUUGCGGUUAGAGAUGAUGGUGGAGAACAAGGACAUGUUCAUGGUAAUAGUAUGGUCGCUAAUCAAACUCAUGUUGCAAUUUCAUCUAAUGAUUCUUCCAUACAUUUAUUGGAUUUUAGUGUACAGUAGAAAUAUUUA